CGUUACAGUAGUAGGGCACUGGAGGAGCACCGAGGGAUUCUCAGGCAGAGGCUGCUGGCACGUACCCGGUACCCAUCGCGGAUCCGUACUCCUCCAGGACCGAAGAAAUGCUUCUUUCUCUGGGCUUGACAUAAACACCACUCCCGAUUACAAUGGCCCCAAAUUCCAUCCACUGGUUCCGUAAGGGACUGCGCCUCCAUGACAAUCCGGCACUCCGGGAGGCGGUGCGGGGGGCUGGCACCGUGCGCUGCGUUUACUUCCUGGACCCGUGGUUCGCAGGCUCGUCUAACGUCGGGGUCAACAGGUGGAGGUUUCUGCUCCAGUGUUUAGAAGAUUUGGACGCAAGUCUCCGAAAACUCAACUCCCGCCUUUUUGUCAUCCGGGGCCAACCAGCAAACGUUUUCCCGCGCCUCUUCAAGGAGUGGAAGAUUUCCCGGCUGACCUUUGAGUACGACUCAGAGCCGUUCGGGAAGGAGCGGGACGCUGCCAUCAAGAAGCUGGCCAUGGAGGCGGGGGUGGAGGUCAUCGUCAAGAUAUCACACACACUCUACGACCUGGACAAGAUCAUCGAGCUGAACGGCGGACAGCCUCCUCUCACCUACAAGCGUUUCCAGACGCUGAUCAGCCGGCUGGAUCCGCCCGAGAUGCCGGUGGAGACGCUGUCGGACGCGCUGAUGGGCGGCUGCGUCACGCCCGUCUCCGAGGACCACGGGGAAAAGUACGGCGUCCCGUCGCUGGAGGAGCUGGGCUUCGACACCGAGGGCCUCCCUUCAGCUGUGUGGCCUGGAGGAGAGACUGAAGCUCUGACUAGGAUAGAGCGCCACCUGGAGAGAAAAGCGUGGGUGGCUAACUUCGAGCGUCCCCGGAUGAACGCCAACUCGUUGCUGGCCAGCCCCACCGGCCUCAGCCCCUACCUGCGCUUCGGCUGCCUCUCCUGCCGCCUCUUCUACUUCAAACUCACCGACCUCUACCGCAAGGUAAAAAAGAACAGCUCUCCUCCGCUCUCGCUGUACGGACAGCUACUGUGGCGCGAGUUCUUCUACACCGCGGCUACCAACAACCCGCGCUUUGACAAGAUGGAGGGAAACCCCAUCUGCGUCCGCAUCCCGUGGGACAAGAACCCCGAGGCGCUCGCCAAGUGGGCCGAGGCCAAGACCGGCUUCCCCUGGAUAGACGCCAUCAUGACUCAGCUGAGGCAGGAGGGCUGGAUCCAUCACCUGGCCCGGCACGCCGUGGCCUGCUUCCUCACCAGAGGAGACCUGUGGAUCAGCUGGGAGGAAGGGAUGAAGGUUUUCGAGGAGCUGCUUCUGGACGCAGACUGGAGUGUGAAUGCGGGCAGCUGGAUGUGGCUGUCCUGCAGUUCAUUCUUUCAGCAGUUUUUCCACUGCUACUGCCCCGUGGGCUUCGGCCGGCGCACCGACCCCAACGGGGACUUCAUCAGGCGAUACUUACCUGUUCUCCGAGGUUUUCCCGCCAAGUACAUCUACGACCCCUGGAACGCCCCAGAGUCCGUUCAGGCGGCAGCCAAGUGUAUCAUCGGAGUCCAUUACCCGAAACCCAUGGUGCACCACGCGGAGGCCAGCCGGCUCAACAUCGAGAGGAUGAAGCAGAUCUACCAGCAGCUGAGCCGAUACAGAGGCCUGGGUCUGUUAGCUUCUGUCCCCUCCACAAACGGGAACGGAAACGGAGGAAUGAUGGCCUACUCUCCUGGAGAGCAGCAGUCAGGGACCAACAACAACAAUUCACAUUUGCCUGGAGUGUCAGGAAGCUCGGUGGCCACAGGGAGCGGCAGCGGGAGCAUUUUAUUUAACUUUGACAACGAAGAACAGACGAGACCCAGCAACGUUGGACAACAGCAACAGCAGCGACUUCACACACUGCCACAGAACCAACAUCAGCAGCAACAUGCAGGAUACCACUCAGUGCCAGACGCCAGCCAGAACAUCACCAGCAGCCGACUCUUUCAUGAGUUUGCUGUGCCUCAACACCCAGGCCUCCUCCUGCACACCAGGGGCAGCGGCAUCACAGGAAAGCGAGAGCGCGAGUCGGAACGGGAAGCGUCGGGGGAAGAGGAGCCGGCGUCCUGCUCUGUGAACAAAAUGCAGAGACAGAGUGCAGAGACAUCUUAGGCCUGGUGGAGACGAGACGACUUGAAAACACGUUAGCAUCACCAUCCUGUCGGAUGUUUGAGGAAAAGCCCAACGUCGCCUCCUGAGCUCCAUCCAGACACGACGACCUGCCUGUCGAUCUCAACGCACCACAACUGUGUGUCUUUUUUUUUUUUUUCAAAGCUCCCAGAGGUAUAAACACAAAGGUGAAAAUGGGAUGAUUUUUUAAAUCCAAUGACAAUUUCUUUUUUUUUUUUUUAAGAAAUUGGUUCUUUCAGGUGGGACAGCAUGAGAAGAAUGUGCAAAACGCCUCAAACCUACGUCUUGGUUAAAAUGUUUGCAAAAAAAUAAGUUUAAUUAACAAGAAAAAUAACAAAAAAGCACUUACUUGUCUUAAAACUGCUGCCACCAGCCAAUAUAAACUGUACAGGUACUGAAUUGCAGCUAUAAUUGUGAUAAUGGAUUUAUUUUUUCUCCCUUUUACAGUAAAACUACCUAAGACACUAAAUCCCACCCAUCAGUUUUACAUCUUCACAGCAAAAUAAUGCAGUUUUAAUAUUUGUUUUAUGCACCGGAGCAAAAUUUGUUUUAUUUUAUUUAAUAAAAAUGUGGACAUCUAAAAAUGAAGGACAGUUUUCAUUUAAAUAUACAGAACUCUGAGGGUUUUUUUCUUAAAUCAAUAAAAGUAUACGUUUUGACAGCGACAACCAGGCAGGUACUUUCAGGGACUUUAUAGAAAUAAUCCAAGUACUUUCUCAGUUCACCUGUUGUUAGUUUGCAUUCAUUCGAGGUCCAACUGGUCGUUUUUUUGUUUUGUUUUGGUUUUUCUUUAGUCUGCCGCUGCCUGCUUGGUGUAAGAGAUUAUUUGUUGGCAGCUGGUGACUGAAGGUUUAUUUUUGUUUGGAGGUUUUAAGGCACAAAGCACAGGAAUCUAAUUACACAAUGUGUAACGAAGCACCUCAGACCAGCUCCAUUCUUCAUCUUGGAUUGUUUUUACAGUGUGUUACUACAGAUUACUUCGAAGAUUGCUUUUAACUUGGUUGUUUAUGCUGUAAAAAAAAAAAUAAAAAAAAGAAAAGAAAAAUGUUUUAAAGAUGUGAAAUUUUCCAUGAAAAAUCUUUUAGGGUUCCUUUACUUUUGUUUUUUUAUUUAUUCUCAUAGAUGUCAUUGUGAGUCACCCACAUCACAAACAAUAACUAUAAAAAGAUUUGUAAAUAUGGGUUUAGUUCAGUGAAAAACAGUGAUAACGGAUUAUUUCAAAGCAGUUUAAAAAGCUAUUCAAAUUAAAUACCUAGCAGCCAAUUUAAUUAUACCUGUAAUCAAUCUUUUCCUUUUCCUUUCACAAUGCCACUAUUAUCCUCACACCAUCUGUCUUCAUGUCUCCCUUUGCCACUUUCUCCAAAUCUCUCAUCAUGGCAGAUGUAAACUUUUUCUUUUUCUCCUGCAGCUGUCUCUUACAUCACCUCUGAAACUCUUUACCUCCACCUCUCCCACCUACACUCACCAUUCACCAGCUUUGAAUGCCUCAGCAGUCUGUUUAAACUCAUCAACAUUUGUCCUGUUAUUGCUGACUUCCAGUCUUCUUCCACCUGCUUGCUGGACUCUCCCAGAAAAAAA